AUGCCGCCCAAAGCGAAGAAGGACGGCGAGGAAGCGCCGGCACAAGCAACUGCGAAAGCUCCAAGGAAGCCACGCGCCGGCAUCCAGCGAACGAAGAAACCCGCCGACACGACCGCACCGACCGCACCGACCGCACAAGAGACGGAGGAGCAGCCAGCUGCAGAAACUGUCUUGCCAAACGGUGCUGUGCCCACAGAGAAUCACGAUGGCGAGAGCAGACCGACGCCGCGGAGGAAAGCGCCCGCAAGGCGCGACGACGGCAUGGACUCGAUACUACAGCCCUUCUACUCUGGCAAAUCCUUGACGGACCCCAUCAACACGGCCGAGGAUAAGUGGAACCUGCUCCCUGCUUUUCUCAAGGUCAAGGGCUUGGUCAAGCAGCAUAUCGACUCCUUCAACUACUUCGUGGACGUCCAGCUCAAGGAAAUUCUCAGGGCUAACCAAUAUGUGUAUAGCGAUGUGGACGACAAAUUCUUCUGGAGGUAUACCGACAUCCGGGUACUCUUGCCAUGCAGGACGAACGAAGAGGGAAUCGUGAACCACCCAUCUACUAUCACUCCGAAUGAGUGCCGUCUGCGGGACAUGACAUAUGCUGCGCCAAUUGUUGUGGAUGUAGAAUACAAGCGAGGAGCUUCCAAGGUUAAGAGGAAAGGGAUUCACAUCGGCAGGAUGCCCAUCAUGUUGCGCAGCAACAAGUGUGUGUUGAAUGGCAAGGCGGAGAGGGACAUGGGUCGACUUGGCGAAUGCUCUAUUGACCCUGGUGGAUACUUCAUCACCAGAGGCCAGGAGAAAGUCAUUCUUGUCCAGGAGCAGCUGAGCAAGAACCGUGUCAUUGUAGAGUCUAUGAAGGGCAUCAUUCAAGCCUCCGUCAUCAGUUUUACGGUUGAUCGUAAAUCGAAAGGAUAUGUGCUGCUGAAGAAAGGCCUCCUCUACUUGAAGCACAACACCUUCACUGAAGACAUCCCCAUCGUUAUUGCGUUCAAGGCCAUGGGUGUUCAGUCGGAACACGAAAUCCUCCUCCUAGUAGCCGGAGACGAUAGCGCGUACCAGGACGAGUUUGCAGUCAACUUCGAAGCUUCCGUAAACGAAAAGGGCGAACGCAUUACCACACAGAACCAAGCGCUGGAGUACAUUGGCAUACGCACCCGCCAGAUGAGGAAGCCCGUUGGUAACAGGCAACCACGCAACUUGCAGCAAGAAGCCAUAGACGCACUCUCCGGGAUGAUGAUGAGUCACGUUCCGGUUUAUGGCAUGAACUUCCGUCCCAAGGCUUUGUAUGUCGCAUACAUGACUCGGAGGGUCCUGCAGGCUAUCCAUGAUCCGAAGAUGGUGGACGAUAGGGAUUACGUCGGUAACAAGCGUCUGGAGUUGGCUGGUCAGAUGAUGGCGCUGCUGUUCGAAGACAGUUUUAAGACCUUCAACGCCCAAUUUAAGGCCAACAUUGACAAGAUUCUCAAGAAGCCGAACCGGGCGGCCGAAUUCGACGCUUUCGAUCACAUCCAAACUCACGGCUGGAGUAUCACGGCUGGCAUGGAACGCGCCAUCGCCACCGGCAACUGGACCUUGAAACGUUUCAGGAUGGAACGGGCUGGUAUCACGCACGUCCUGAGUCGUUUGUCCUACAUCAGUGCCCUGGGUAUGAUGACUCGUAUUACCAGUCAGUUUGAGAAGACGAGAAAGGUUUCCGGUCCUCGUGCGCUUCAGCCUUCUCAGUUUGGUAUGCUUUGCACUUCGGAUACUCCAGAAGGUGAAGCCUGUGGUCUGGUCAAGAACUUGGCACUUAUGACACACAUUACCACCGAGGUGCCAGAAGAUCCCGUCAAGAGAAUGGUGUUUAUUCUUGGAGCCGAAGACGUUCAGUCGGCUAGUGGAAACGAGUUGUAUGCUGAUGGAGCCUACAUUAUCUUCGUCAACGGUUCGCCUUUGGCCCUGACGAGAGAACCUAAGCAAUUCUUGAAUGGCUUCCGGAAGUUCCGACGCAUGGGACGCAUCUCGGAGUUCGUCAGUAUCCAUAUCAACCACCACCACCGCGCAGUCCAGAUUGCCACGGACGAAGGUCGUAUCUGUAGGCCUCUCAUCGUCGUUGAGAGGGGCAAAUCCAGGGUCUCAGCGCGGUACCUGCGGGCUCUCCAGAAAGGUACUAUGGAGUUCGAUGAUUUUAUUUCUCGCGGACUUGUGGAAUACCUCGAUGUCAACGAAGAGAACGAUUCCAACAUCUGCAUCUACGAGAAAGACUUGAAAGAGUUCCACACGCAUCUCGAGAUCGAGCCUUUCACCAUCCUGGGCGCCGUCGCUGGUCUUAUCCCCUACCCUCAUCACAACCAGUCUCCUCGUAACACUUACCAGUGCGCUAUGGGUAAGCAAGCUAUCGGAGCAAUUGCUUACAACCAGUUUACCCGUAUCGACACGCUGCUGUAUCUUAUGGUGUAUCCACAACAACCUAUGGUCAAGACACGGACUAUCGAACUCAUCAAGUACGACAAGCUUCCUGCAGGCCAGAAUGCUACCGUGGCGGUCAUGUCAUACUCGGGUUACGAUAUCGAAGAUGCUCUCGUGAUCAAUAAGGCAUCCUGCGACCGAGGCUUUGGACGUUGCCAGGUCUUCAAGAAGGCCACCACGACGCUGAAGUCCUACGCCAACGGAACCAUGGACAAGUUUCUUGAACCAGACCCGAACCAGCCUCGGCACAAAAAGCUGGGUAGGUUGGAUGGUAUCGCGGAGGUUGGUGUGCUCCUUGAGAAGGACGACGUGUAUCUCAACAAGCAUGUUCCUCUCCAAACCAACCCGGUCGGCCCACUCGAGACUGGUCGGGGAAGGACCGAGUACCGCAACACGCCGAUGUCAUACAAGCUCCCAGACCCGGCGUAUGUCGACAAGGUUAUGCUUGCGCAGAACGAGAGCGAGACGCCCCUCAUCAAGAUCCAAACUCGGCAAACUCGGCGACCGGAACUUGGAGACAAGUUCUCCUCGCGUCACGGACAGAAAGGUGUUGUGGGUAUCAUCGCGGAGCAGGUGGACAUGCCGUUCAACGACCAGGGUAUCUGCCCAGACAUCAUCAUGAACCCUCACGGUUUCCCGUCCCGUAUGACGGUCGGCAAGAUGCUGGAAUUGUUGUCAGGAAAGGCAGGCGUGCUUUCCGGAGCGCUGCAAUAUGGCACCGCCUUCGGCGGCUCCAAGGCAGAAGUGAUGUCGCAGAUCCUGCUGGAGAAGGGCUUCUCCUACUCUGGCAAAGACAUGCUCACAUCAGGCAUCACGGGUGAAUCGUUGCCAGCCUACGUCUUCUUCGGGCCCAUCUACUACCAGAAGCUGAAGCACAUGGUGCAAGACAAGAUGCACAGUCGUGCGCGGGGACCCCGCGCGAUCCUGACCCGUCAACCAACAGAAGGUCGUUCCCGCGACGGCGGUCUCCGUCUGGGCGAAAUGGAGCGCGACUGCCUGAUCGCGUACGGUGCAAGCCAGCUGCUGCUAGAGCGUCUGAUGCUGAGCUCCGACGCGCACGAGUGCGACGUCUGCGAGCGCUGCGGCAUGAUGGGCUACCAGGGCUGGUGCCAGAGCUGCCGCAGCAGCAAGGGCGUCGUGCGCAUGACUAUUCCGUACGCGGCUAAGCUGCUUAUUCAGGAAUUGCUGAGUAUGAACGUCAAGGCGAGCUUGCGCCUUGGUGACGAGUUCCCUGCUGAGGAGGAUUGA